CUGCGAUUAUUCAUAGGUGAAAUGGUUUUGUGUAUACACUUCCAUAAAGGUUUCACUUCUUAUACUUAUUGUUAGUGUGGUAACAGCCUCGAGGACGAACGAAAUUGCAAAUUAAUUCUAAUCGACGAGGAGGGGGCUGUUAACGAAACAUGUCUUUGAAGAAUCUGAAGGUAGAAUACAUCGAGGAUGAACUGGCGGUUGAAUUAUUAAAACGUUAUCCGUUAUACAAACGAGGUUUCGUUAAAGUCGGUCAGAAACAAUGGUUCGUGUCGUACAAAUUUUUUGAGGAAGGUGACAACAUAUAUGAUUUCAAAGUUCGUCCGGAUGAUACAUGGAUCGUUACCCAUUCUAGAUCAGCAGAAUUACAUAGCUGCACACUGGGAACAAGACAUGGCACCACAAGCACGACGGUGACGCAAGAACUUGUAUGGUUGGUCGCCAAUGACAUGAAUUUCGAAGAAGCUUAUCGGAGACAUUUAGUUGAGAGAUUUCCCCUUAUAGAGCUAGGAGCAAUGAUAGAGGACCAUAUGGCACCGAAAAACCUGCCUGACAGGACUAAUACGAAGAAAUAUAAUGAGAAAUAUAGUGUCGAAUUUGUGCAAAAUCAGCCUUCGCCGCGUUUCAUUAAGAGUCACUUGCCUCUCGAACUGUUGCCGACAGUGGUAAACAGUACUUGCAAGAUUAUUUAUGUUGCAAGAAAUCCAAGAGAUGUGGUAGUCUCGUGGUAUAUUUUUCACAAAACUAUGGAUUGGUAUCAAGGAUCUUUCGCACAGUUCUGUAAUAAUUUUAUUAAUAAUCAGACACUAUCUAGUCCAUAUUGGGAACAUGUAAAGGAAGCUUGGGCGAUGAGACACAGAGCAAAUAUGAUGUUUCUCUUCUACGAAGAUCUGGUAAAGGACUUACCUAAAAACAUAAGAAAAAUUGCUGCAUUCUUCGGUAAGAAUUACAGCGAUGAGCAGAUGGCCAAGUUAGCGGAGCAUUUGAAAAUAGAGAAUUUCCGAAAAAAUCGAAUGGUGAAUCAGCCAUCUCCUAACGAUACCAUAAAAUCUGAGUUGUUCGUCCGUCAAGGAAAGAUCGGUGGUUGGAAAGAUAUGUUUACACCGGAGAUCGAAGAAAAAUUUAGCAAAUGGAUUGCUGACAAUUUAAAAGAUACGGACUUGACUUUUCCAAGUUUGUUACAAUGAAAGCAAUUGUAGCUGCAAUUUAUGAAUACUGUCGCCAAAGAAUUAUAAAGCCCGUUUUUGUCUUUGCUGAUCGAAACACGUCCGCAUACAAAAUUCAUGUAAUUUACAUUGUGUUUUUUCAUUAUGAAUUAAUUUUUGUAUUAUUCUAAAUAUGUCGACAUAUAUUUAUUUGUGCGUCCUCUUAUAAUUAUGUAUGGCACUUAUGUCACUGGUGUAGGUACUUAUGGCUAGGUAAGGUACUUAUGGCACUGGUUUCAUAUGUAUGUAAAUUAAGUAAUAUUAUGAACUUACGACAUACUGGAAUUAUCGAAGCACGUAUGGAGGACCUUAGUGAUGAAUAAGCUGGGAAACGCGUUACUAAAAAUAUAUCCUAGCGAGAAAAGAAUCGUCAAUCGAUAUUGAAACGAUGCCGAAUUGACAUCGACAUCGUUUCAACAUCGAUCGACGAAUCGUUUCUCACUGGGAUCAGAUUACAAAACGCGAUCGCUUAAAAAUUGAUGAGAAGAAAUGAUUACUGGAUACAUAUUGUGCAAUUUUUCUUAAAUGAAUCCCGAUCGGAAUAUUCCGCUUUACCUAGGAAGUACAAUAGAAAUCGAGGAAAGACCUAUCUAACAAUCGGAAUUCAUUCCAAAAAGUUUUGUAAUACGUAUCUUGUAUGUACAAUAUAUGUAUAAGCAAUGAGAUCGACAAUAUAAGGUAUAAUUAUGAAACUCCGAAUAAUACAUCGAUUUGUAUCCUAGAUUAGAAAAGUUAUUUCAAUCAUCAAAA